AUGGAAUUAAGAGUUAUUGCAUUAUUGCUUUUCCUAUUUUGCAUUCAUCCUAUUGAGAGCUAUGCUUUGAAAAAAAAAUCUGCAUUUUUGUUCGGUUGUAAGUGGGUGGCCGGGAAAAGGGUGACGCCGCUACAGCUUAAAAUUAAUGACGUGAUUAAUUUUAGAGCAGACAAGGAGGAGCUGAAAAGGGAGAUUGUGACACAUGCGAGGAGAAUAUCCUUAGAUUUAAGUGACGAACAGAUAAAUAAUAUAGGAGACAAUUUAUAUGAGUUCUUUUCCUAUUUGAAGUUGAAGGAUAUAACAAUAGUAGACGAAAAAAAUGGACAAAAAAUGUCAAGAAGGAGGGGAAUACGACGGGAACGAAGUAAACGAAGCGGGGAGACAUUGCCACUGAGCUUGGGGGACAACAAAUAUGAAGAAUUUCACUCAAAAAAUAUGAAAAAAGAAGGAUAUUAUUAUGUUGAGGAUUCGAGCAGUUAUUCCGAUUAA